AUGAAGAAUGGAGCUGAAGAGAAGAAACUCUCCCGCGAGUGCCUUAUUAGCACCGGCGCCACCGCCCCCUUCCCAGCUCUGAUCGCGGCUGUUCUGGGGGAAGACUGCAUACAGCAGUUCGCCGACCUCGGGUAUACGAAACUCGUGUUCCAAGCCGGAGAUGCGCUGAGAUACCUGUACGAGAUCAAGCCGGAGAAGACUCUGGGCGUGGAAAUUGAGGCCUUCGAUUUCAAUCGGGAGGGUCUCACUAAGCAGAUGAAGGCUUGCAUUGGACGGGCUGGAAAGUCGAAGGAAGGCCUCGUGAUCUGUCAUGCUGGCGCGGGCACCAUCUUGGAUGCUAUGCGGAUGGGAUUGCCAAUUAUCGUCGUUCCAAACCCCACACUUCUUGACAACCAUCAGGAAGAGCUCGCCCAGGAACUCCAGAGACAGGGCUAUGUUCUGAAAUCGGACGUCAAGUGA